AUGAAUCCAAUAAGCACACCAGACAAAACCUCCAAGUCAUUGAUUGCAAUGAACGUUUCUCUCCUUACCGAAUAUCAAUCUUUGAUAGACCGUAUAUUUGCUUCCAUCGCUGCAAAUGCAGAAGGAAAACUAACAGAACGACCACCUGUGGACAUAAUGAAAGAUAUUGUAGAAUUGGACAAAAAAAUGCAACAAGGUCUCGAUCAAAUUGAAGAACAUCAAAGAGUUUACAAAAAGAUUUUACAAGUUAUUAAAGAAAUUGAGAUUGAAAAUAAUGCAAUCAUGGAGUUUGUGAAUGAAUUAAAAAGCGGAAAAGAACAGCUUGAAAUAUGUUUGGACGCGGCAAAUGAAACAAUUCAGGCCAUAAAUUUUGCCUCUGAAUGUUUGUAUAAUAAAUCAAUUGGAUUCUUUUCAUUUGAUUAUUUAUUCGUAUCACAUAAUAAUCCUUUCUUAAAAAUAUUAAACUUAGCUUCGGUAACUGCAGAUGAGAUACUAAAAUAUGCAAAUAGAAUCAGUAGCUUUACAUCAGCACCACCAAACUAUAUAGCUGGAACUUUUGCUGAACCUCCAUAUCCUGAUGAAUCACGCAUGAGGAAAAGCUUUCUGUUUCGACAAGAUGCUGAUAUGAUUUUUGAAGAGG